AUGAAAAAUAUUUCUUUUUCAUAAGACUUUUAAGCUCUUGCCUUAAUUGAUACAUAUAAUGUAGUCUUAAAUGAAAGAAAAAGAAAUCGUUAAUGUACCAAUUUCUAAAUUGCAUAAAAAAAAUUAGUAGAGUAGAGUGUCAAAAUAAGAAGAAAAAGUUGUCAUUGUCAAUUAUGUGGUAAUAUGAGUGUAUUUUAAUUUGACAUGAUGAAUGUUCCAUUUUAAAAAAAGGAAAAAUAAGUAGAAAAAGAAGAACCUUAAAUAUAAGAGUUCCCUGGUUAACCAAUUUGUAACUAUUGUAAUAAUAAUAAUAGAGAGAAGAAGUAUUUUUUAUCGUUUAUAAUCAUUAAAAACGUAAGAAAUGGAUAAAGUGAGACUUUCUUUACAGAUUCAUGGAUGUGAUUAGAAAUACUUAAGAUAAAAUACAUUGUAGUAAUUAAUAGCUGAAAGCAAUGAGAGACCAAGAAAAGGAAGUAUAAAUAGUAGUGGAAUUGUCAAUACAUCAACAUCUGAUAAUCAUUCGGUAAAAUCGCUUAAUAUUAAUACAUGUUCUGAAUAUAGUUCAACACUCAUAUAAUCACCUCUCAAUGCAGUUACUACUAGUAGACAUAAAAUAAUAGACUCAAAAAAAUUGAAAAUGAUGAGUUCAUAUUUUUCUUAGUCAGCACGUAGUCUAAAAACAACUCAAUACUAAUAAAUUAGUAAAUCAAAAGUUUUAAUAUUACCUAAAAUAACAUAGAAAAAAAAAAAAUUUGAUUUUUUAUCAUGA